AUGUAUAAUCAGGAUGUUCUCAUUUGUCUGGUCAGCAUUGAGGGUGACUCCUCAGGAGAUGAGCACUACAAAGCCAUCCAGCACCUCUCCAAAGGACAGACCGCAUUUCGAGGAGAUAAUUACUUGCUUUCUCUCUUGAACAAGCUCGAAUUCAAUGGACUCAGAUUCAUUGUUUUCCCUCUGCUUACCUUCAGCAGAUACAUACUAUGGUUCCACAAUAUGGCUGAGAUACUGGAUUAUUUGGUACAAAUAUUCAAGACUCAGAUCCUGCGAGCAGGAAAAUUACCAGCCUAUCCAACAUCCAAACAAUAUGUGCCAGAAAUGCUCGUUGGUGAUCCAUAUUGUCCCUUUAAGGCAGAUGUGUGGUAUUUAGAUCAAAUGCUUAAUGCUGACAUGGAUACAGAAGUCAAAGGUUUCGUGGAGAAGAUAAAGAGUGUGUCUUGGACCAACAGUAUGCAAGUGUUCGAUGAGUACAUGAACAAAAGCACUGAAGUAAUGGGUCUUCCAUCCUACUGA